AUGCAAACACUCAAAUACUUACAAAAGAAGGAAUAUGAAGAGAAGAUUCUGAAAUCUGUUAUUCGAAAUCUUAAAGCUGCUUCUUCCAAAGGAGGCAAGGCUACAUUAAAAAGCGAUGAUUGUUUGAGGGACUCCGUUCAAAUCAGUUGCUUGAGAAACAAUUUGUUGGUGGCAAUGCCUGAACACUCAGUGUCAGAGAGCACAGAUUCAGAAUUUAAGACAUCUAUUUCACAGGCUCUUUCUAAGCUCCCAGAGGGUAAUAUGCUCGAUGAUACUGAAGUUUCUCAAGUGUCAAUUUACAAAAAAAUAUGGUUUGAAGCAGAAGCUUCGGUGUGUAAACUCAAAUAUGAGCUUCAACGUUCCCGUAUGAAGCUUGCAACAAUGGAAGUUUUCAGCAACACGCAAACAGUUCCAAUUGACCCGUCAGAAAGUGAAAAAGCCUCCAGAGUAACCAUAUCUGAUGGCCAACCACGUAAUCAUGCCAAAUAUUGCAGUUCAUGUGCUGCGACCUUGCAAUGUCAUGGAGGAGGUAGUGAGAGCAGUCAAUCUUCUUCUCUGAUAAAUAGAGUGACAACUCAACAUUCCACUUAUGUUUUAGCUGCUCAAGUCCCGGCUGCUUCCCCAGUGCCUCCGCCGCCUGCAUUGGUGUCACAGCCUUACACGGCCGCGCCCGACAAUCCUUCAGAACCAUACUGUGGUUACUGUCAUAAGUUGGGGCUCACCCCUCAUCCAUGCUACAAGAAGAAUGAUCAAGGAGACAAUAUUUUUAGUGGCGCCUCUUCUCUGCCAGGUCCAUGCCAGAGCUCCUCCACCGGCCAGGAGCUUCUCACUCAACCACCACCACCUCCUCCUUCAGAUAUAUCAUCUCCAGGGUCCAUUAUUGCUACAAAUAAGAGCAUCGUAAAUGGUCUUGAUGCUGAAAUAUUUGCUCAAAUGAAAGUUCUGGAAUCCCGUAUUGAUAAUAUAAGCUCUUUGGGUGAGAGUAAGUGUGAGAGGCAGCAAGAACCUAGCAAGGGAUCAUACCCCGUUGAAGAUGAUGUUUUGGCGAGGCUGAGAAUUUUGAAGUCCCGCCCUGAUUACAUAACCUCGUUGGGUUUGGAAAGCAGCAACCAUCAGCUAGACACAAGUAUACAUGCAUCAGAUGAGGUUCAUGAAAUGUUUGCUCGAUUGAAAGUUUUGGAGUCCCGCAUUGACAAAAUAAGCCCUUUGGGUGACAACAAGUGUGAACAGCAGGAAAAAGGAAGUGAGGGAUUAUAUCCAGUCGAAGAUGCUGUUUUGGCGAGGCUACAAAUUUUGAAGUCCUGUGCUGAUAAUACUUCUCUGGGUCUGGAAAGCAACAAACAGCAGCUAAAUGCAAGCACGGACAUAUCAGAUGAGGUUGAAGAUGUUAUUAUGGCCAGGCUGGAAAUUUUGAAGUCCCAUCCAGAUGUGGAGGCAUCCUCCAUUGAGGCUGUUGAAGGUGUGGAGCACCCUUGUGCUGUGGGGCUGCGAGUCUCUAGUCACCAGUUACUUCCAUCGCCUGCUGCAGUGUUCGAGAAAACAACAUUGCUAUCGGCUACCGAACCACUAGAGGUCACUGGAGAGACUCCAGCCAUCCUGAUCUCGUCGUCUAACAAAGCACCACCUUUGUGUAGACUUAAAGAUGCACCUUCAGUGAUGGAGAAAGAUCAUUCAGGGUUGGCAGAGGAAGCUCUGCAUUCUGCGCCGUUGUUAAGUGUGCCCCAAGAAGCCGGGGGCUUGGCACAAAAGACUGCAAAAGCUAAGCGCCAUCCGCACGGGCCUACGCCAAGAAGAUUUCGUCUUCCUUCCACCGUCAAAAUAAAGUGUCCCAUCUCAGAGUAG